GGUUUGGGGCGUAUUGCGCAUGGCAGUUUUAUAUCUGUAAACUUCCUUUUUGGACCGUCGACCACCGUGAGACGUUUGUACUUACAAUCUGUAGUACAAAUCCAUUUCCAUCAAUAAAAAUGAUCAUUUAUAAGGAUGCCGUCACUGGUGAUGAACUGUUCUCUGAUACGUACCCAAUGAAGCUGAUUCAUGACUGUAUAUUUGAGGUUCAAGGAAAGUACACGACGGAGAAGACGACAGUGAGUGACGACAUGUUCGGUGGUAAUGCCAGUGCGGAGGGUGGCGACGACACUGCCGACGGAGAUAUCACCAAGUCCGGCAUCGACAUCAUCAUCGCCAACAGGCUUGUCGAUGUGCCCUUCUCGAAGAAACAGUAUCAGAAAUACAUCAAGGAAUACAUGAAGGAGAUUUGUACUCGGCUGGAGGAGAGCAAUCCCGACAGAGUAGCACAGUUUAAAAAACAGGCGGCGGGCGCGGUGAAGUCGAUACUCGAAAACUGGGACAAGCGUGAAUACCAGUUUUGGGUUGGUGAAUCGUACAAUGUUGAUCAAGGCCACGUUGCAUUGAUGUACUACCCCGAAGACGGCGAUGGUCUCAGUCCGAUCCUGCUAUUUUUUAAAGAUGGCCUUAAGGAAGAGAAAGUUUAAUGAAGCGAGGAAAUAAUGGCAGACAAGAGAUGGUCCUACUCGCCACGGCAUGGCUCUCUACCAGACCGGCGACCGGCAGAGUUUAUCCACAUUGUAUGACCACGAGAACCACACGAACUGUUGACGUUCCAGUGUUUUUAUAAUCUGGAUAAAAACAGUCUGUCCAAUAAUUAUUAAUCUUUCCUUGCCUGGCUUCUUUUUAAUAUAUCACAUCAAAAUAAUGUUGUUGCAUCAAGGAGGUUCUACCACGUGAAUUCCAUUAUAGAAAAAAGGAAAUUGAGGGAUAGGGGGUUAGGAUUUAAUUUUAACCUGUGUUUUUGCAUACAGGAUGAAAGGUGUUAACGGUGACCGGCUACAGCUAGUGUUCAGCACAGAUGAUAAUGUUCCCGAUUCUAGAUUUGAGUGUUGUGCACAAACGGUCCAGUCCCUUUGUUUGUUUGUUUUUUAAUCAAGAAUUCACAGCAAUCCUUUGAUUUCAUUUACAAGACCCUGCAAUGUUCUACAGAUGUUUUGUCUAGUCAUUUUCAUCACUGUUUCAACAAUUACAUGUGUAACAGAAAAAUCAACCUCCAGUGAGGGAAUUCGAACCACGGACUCUCAGUACGAGAAUCCAGUGCUCUACCAACUGAGCUAAUAGGGAAAUUCCCACUAGCUACUGCCAGUAGAAGCACUUUAUACCAACACUACUACAGAUGUAUGCCAAAAGUCUUCCAGCACCUAGAUUGUAUUAAAGGAACGUGGUUUUGACCGACCCCUCCCAAAAUCCCCCAAUAUUGCUUUAAGAUACAAAUAAUAAUUAAUGUUCAUAUAAUGGAUUAAAAGAAGUCACCAGGACACAUUUAGCUGGACUAUUAUCAUGCGAUCUGGUGACUUCUGCAACAUGUUAAUUACUCAUGGUUACUCAUUUUGAAAGGCUCAUGAUAACUAGAUUUCUCUUUAAAAAAAAAAAACAACCCAACCCAAAUUUUUAAUGUUUUAUCUUUUGAAAAUGAAAAGCUUGGCAUAGAAAUAUUGCCCACGAAGGUCUGUGUACUAUUUAUGACAUUAAAUGAUUGUAAAUAGA